AUGGAUAUUUUCUUUUUUUCUUUUCAUUGUCUAACUUUUCUCUUUCUCCUUUCUUCCUUCAUUUCUUUUCUCUCACUCUUUCCUUUCAUCUCUACUCUUUCUCUUCUUCAUUUCUCUAGCUUCAUCUCUCUCUCUCUUCCUUUCUUCUCUCUCUUUUCUUUCUCCAGCUCUCUCUCUCUUUCCUUUCAUAGCGUGACUCUCUCUCUCUCUCUUUCCUUUCAUCUCUUCUCUCUCUCUCUUUCCUUUCAUCUGACUCUCUCUCUUUUCCUUUCAUCUAGCCGUGACUCUCUCUUUGUUCCUUUUCUCUCUUUUCUUCACCUCUCUCUCUCUUUCUUUCUUUCUCUUCAUCUCUCUCUCUCUUUUCUUUCAUCUGACUCUCUCUCUUUUCUUUUCUCUCUCUCUCUUUCUUUUCCUCUCUUCAUCUCUUCUCUCUUUUCUUUCAUCUCGUCUCUCUCUCUCUUUUUUUCCCUUUGGCUCUUCUCUCUCUCUUUUCCUUUCAUCUUCUCUCUCUCUCUCUUUUCCUUCUCUCUCUCUCUUUCCUCUCUCUCUCUCUCUGUUCUUUUCCUUGGCCGUGACCUUCCAUGUUUCUUUCACUCUUUCUCUCUCUCUUUUCCUUCCAUGGCCGUGUCUCUCUCACUUUUUCCUUUCAUGCUCACUCUCUCUCUCUUUUCCUUUCAUAGCGUGCUCUCUCACUUUUCCUUUCAUAGCCGUGACUCUCUCACUCUUUUUCUCACUCUCUCUCUUUCCUUUCAUAGCGUGACUCUCUCUCUUUUUCCUUCCUCUCUCUCUCUCUCUCUUUUCUUUCAUAGCGUGACUCUCUCCUCUCUUCCUUUCAUAGCGUGUCUCUGUGUGUGUCUCUUUCUCUCUCUCACUUUUUCCUUUCUUAGCGUGACUCUCUCUCUUUUCCUUUCAUGGCAGCUCUCUCUCUUUUCCUUUCAUAGCGUGACUCUCUCUCUGUUUUCCAUGGCCGUGACUCUCUCUCUCUCUCUCUUUUCCUUCCAUAGCGUGACUCUCUCUCUCUCUGUUCCUUCCAUAGCCGUGACUCUCUCUUUCCUUUCAUAUCAGCUCUCUCUCUCUCUUUUCCUUUCUAGCCUGACUUUUCACUUCCUUUGUAGCUCUCUCUCUUUUCCUUGGCGUGACUCUCUCUCUUUUCCUUUCAUAGCCGUGACUCUCUCUCUCUCUCUCUGUUCCUUCCAUAGCGUGACUCUCUCUCUCUGUUCCUUCCAUAGCGUGACUCUUUCUCUCUCUCGUGACUCUCUCUCACUCUGUUCCUUUCAUAGCGUGACUCACUCUCUCUCUCUCUUUUCCUUUCAUAGCGUGACUCUCUCUCACUCUGUUCCUUUCAUAGCCGUGACUCUCUCUCACUUUUCCUUUCAUAGCCUGACUCUCUCUCUUUUCCUUUCAUAUCGUCUCUCACUUUUCUUUCAUAGCGUGGCUCUCUCUCUUUUCCUUUCAUGGCGGCUCACUCUCUCUCUCUCUUUUCCUUUCCAUGGCCGUGACUCUCUCUCUUUUUCCUUUCAUGGCGUGACUGUCUCUCUUUUUCCUUUCCAUAGCCGUGACUCUCUCUCUUUUUUCCUUUCAUGGCAGCCCUCUCUCUUUCCUUUUCAUGGCCGUGACUCUCUCUCACUCUAUUUCCUUUCAUGGCAACUCCUCUCUCUCUUUUCCCCUUUUUCAUUUCAUAGUGACUCUCUCUCUCUCUUUUCCUUUCUAGCCGUGACUCUCUCCUCUUUUUCCUUUCAUAGCGUGACUCUCUCUCUCUCUUUUCCUUUCCUUUCUAGCCGUGACUCUCUCUCUCUCUGUUCCUUUCAUAGCGUGACUCUCUCUCUCUCCUUUCGCAGCCGUGACUCACUGCUUUCUCUCUCUCUCUCUCUCUCUCUCUUUCCUUUUCAUAGCGUGCUCUCUCUCUUUUCCUUCCAUAGCGUGACUCUCUCCUUUCCCUUUCAUGCCGUGACUCUCUCUUUUCCCUUUCCAUGGCGUGACUCUCUCUCUCUUCCUUUCCUUCGUGACUCUCUCUUUUCCUUUCAUAGCGACUCUCUCUUUUCCUUUCAUAGCCGUGACUCUCUCUCUGUUCCUUUUGGCGUGACUCUCUCUCUCUCUCUCUCUUCUUUUCCUUUCGUGACUCUCUCUCUCUCCUUCCUUUUGGCCGUGACUCUUGUCUUUUCCUUUCAUAGGCGACUCUCUCUCUUUUCCUUUCAUAGCGUGACUCUCUCUCUUUUCCUUUUCAUGGCAAACUCUCUCUCUUUUCCUUUCAUAGCUGACUCUCUCUCUCUCCUGUUCCUUUCAUGGCGUGACUCUCUCUCUCUCUUUCAUCCUUUCAUAGUGUCUCUCUCUCUCUCCUUUCCUUUCAUAGCUCACUUUUCUUUCCUUGGCUCUCUCUCUCUUUUUCUUUUCAUAGCCGUGACUCUCUCUCUCUCCCUUCUCUCUCUCUCUCUCUCUUUUCCUUUCAUGCCUGUGACUCUCUCCUUUUCCUUUCAUAGCGUGACUCUCUCUCUUUUCCUUUCCAUAGCCGUGACUCUCUCCUUUCAUGUGACUCUCUCUCUUUCCUUUCAUAGCCGUGACUCUCUCUCUUUUUCCUUCCAUAGCGUGACUCUCUCUCCUCUCUGUUCCUUUCAUAAUUCUGACUCUCUCUCUCUUUCCCUUUCCAUGGGUGCUCAACUCUCUGUCUGUUUAAAAAAUAGCCGUGACUCUCUCUUUUCCUUUCCUUCCAUGACUCUCUCUUUCCCUUUCUGCAAAACUCUCUCUCUUUUCCUUUCAGAAAAUGACUCUCUGUUUUUUCCUUUCCUUAGCGUGACUCUCUCUCUUUUCUUUCCAAUAGCUUCUUUCCUUUCCUUUUCAUCUCUCUCUUUUCCUCUCUUUUCCUCUCUCUUUUCCCUUUCCUUGCUCUCUCUCUGUUCCUUUCCUCUGUUCUUCUCUCUCUCUUUUCCUUUCAUAGCAUGCUCUCUCUCUUUUCCUUAA